AUGGAAAAUCAUUCCCUCGCUUCCCACCCCGAUUCCCGCCAUUCCUCGCCUCAUUCUCAAGACUUUGACAACGAGAAUCCAUCGAUGGACGAUCUUCUUUCCAUCUCUACCACCACCAACAACCACAAAGUUAAGUUCAUGUGCAGCUAUGGCGGGAAUAUUCAAUUUAGGAUUCAUGAUAAUCAGCUUGCUUACGUCGGUGGUGAUACCAAGAUCAUAACCGUUGAUCGCAGCAUUAAGUUCUCGGCUAUGAUGACGAAGCUCUUUUCUCUCUGCAAUGCUGAUGUUUUCGUCAAGUACCAACUUCCCGGUGAAGAUCUUGACGCUCUGAUUUCGGUCACUAACGAUGAGGAUCUAGAGCAUAUGAUGGUCGAGUAUGAUCUGUCUCAACGUGCGUCGUUGAAGCCUGCUAGAUUGAGGCUGUUCCUGUUUCCACCAAAAUCGUCGGCUCCGACGAGUUUCGAGUCGAACGAUUUGAAACCGGAGCAUCAGUGGUUUGUGGAUGCUCUCAAUUCCGUGUACAUUCCACAUGUUAAGGGCUCUUCAACGGCGGCACCUAUAUCGGCUGCGAAUCCUGAUUUUCUGUCUGGAUUGGAUUACAGAUAUUCAGUUGUUUCAGCAACGAAAUUGCCCGAUUCUGUUCCUCCCGCCGGGUCUGCCAUUCCGCAUGUGGAGGCAAAUGGUUCGCCUACGGGAACGGAUGGUGGAUCGGAAGAUCGGCACAUUGUUGGAGAACUGGUGGGACCACCAACUGAGAUUCAGAUACAGAUCGAGGAGUCACAGAGAUUGCAUCUGGAAAAGAAUGACCAGAUCCUACAAAAAGGCGAUCAAGUAGACAAUGGCACGGUUAAUAAAACCACGGACCGUUACUCUCAGAAAAAUCCCGCGAAAGAGGAGAUGCCUGUGUACAUUGUUCCAGCUCCGGUAUCAAUCCCAGGAUCAGCGGCAAUUUAUUCGCCUGAAAGACUCGUGACAAGUGCUAGUUAUUCGUUACCGGCUUCUACAACUGUUCCUGAGCAGCCAGUGUAUCUCAUUGCAGCCCCAGCCGUAAUGUACCCUGCUACUACUUUGCGAGCCGUGACUGGAGCUAAUUGGGGCGAACGGCGUGAAACUAAUGCAAUAGUACAGCCAAAGGUUGAGGUGGCAGAGCCUGCUGGAUACCCACAGGUGUUAUACGAGGACGCUGGAAGGCAGGUUUUCAUUGCGGCUCCGACAACUUGGGGCGGGCUGGUGCCUCCAAACAGAGAGGUGGCAGCCGGAAGUGACGGGACACAAGGCGGUGGUGGAACUCUGAAUCCAGAAGGGAAGGUUUCUAAAGCGGCUUCGGCUUGCAUAGUUAACUCGAAGGAGUGGAUGACCCUUCUAUAUAGUACAUUUUCUUCCCCUGCCAUUUAUCUCCGGCGUGCUUCCAUGAUUGGAGUUCGUUGA